CCAUCGGGAAACUCAUAGGAUCAUCUGUUUGUUGAGGACUCUGUGGCACCAAAGGGAGGGGAAAAGAAACACAAGAGGUGAGCAAGCAGUUUCCCAAGGGUGCUUUCAACUCCCUGGCCAGUCCGUGUGUGUUUUCUUCUACAAAGUGUUUCCAAUUACUGUGGCACUCUCGGUAUCUGGAUCCAUCUCCAGCGAAUUCCUCUGCAGCUCCUGCCAGACAUAUGGGAUCAAUCAGGGCUUCGGCACUGGUGCGCUUGCUGCGGGAAUGUUGACAGCCUGACAGAUGCGGGUUCUGGUGUCAUGAAAUCUCGGAGACUUUGGCCUGAUCCCGGGAGGAGAAUGAGAGGGGGAGGAGAGAGAUAGAGGCAGAGAUAGAGGAAGGGGAGAGGAGAGGGGAAAGAGGAGGGAGCGAGGGCGAGAAGGAGGGAAGCGGGAGAUUUUUCUCGACUGCCCCCUUUCCUUCAAACAUUUUAUAGGCUUCGGGGAGCGAGGGGAGGAGGAGAGAGGCAAGGGGGAAAAAAAAGGAGAGAGAGGGGGCAGAGAACGCGCGCCGAACCCUCCCGAAUCUCCGCGCUGCCAGAGGAGUCUGGAUUGUGUCCCCAGUGUCAGAUGAAAGGGCGCUGAGGCUCGCGGUCGUUGCCCGUCCACGAGCCGGGCCGCCGCGCGCCUCUCCCCGCCAGGGCCGUCGCCUGAGCUCGGGGGCGGCCGCUCCGUCUCCGGCGCGAUGUGGCCGCGUCUGGCCUUUUGUUGCUGGUGUCUGGCGCUCGUCUCGGGCUGGGCGACCUUUCAGCAGAUGUCCCCGUCGCGCAAUUUCAGCUUCCGCCUCUUUCCCGAGGCCGCUCCCGGGGCCCCCGGGAGUCUGCCCGCACCGCCCGCGCCGGGCGAGGACGCGGCGGAGAGCAAAGUGGCACGACUGGGCCAAGCGUUCCGGCGGCGCGUGCGGCGGCUGCGGGAGCUCAGCGAGCGCCUGGAGCUCGUCUUCCUGGUGGACGAGUCGUCCAGCGUGGGCCAGGCCAACUUCCUCAGCGAGCUCAAGUUCGUCCGUAAGCUGCUGUCCGACUUCCCCGUGGUGCCCACGGCCACGCGCGUGGCCAUCGUGACCUUCUCGUCCAAGAACAACGUGGUGCCGCGCGUCGAUUACAUCUCUUCCCGCCGCGCGCACCAGCACAAGUGCGCGCUGCUCAGCCGCGAGAUCCCGGCCAUCACCUACCGCGGCGGCGGCACCUACACCAAGGGCGCCUUCCAGCAAGCCGCGCAAAUUCUUCGUCACUCUAGAGAAAACUCAACAAAAGUGAUAUUCCUUAUUACUGAUGGAUAUUCCAAUGGGGGAGACCCUAGACCGAUUGCAGCAUUACUGCGAGAUUUUGGAGUGGAGAUCUUCACUUUUGGCAUAUGGCAAGGAAACAUUCGAGAAUUGAAUGACAUGGCUUCCAGUCCAAAGGAGGAGCACUGUUACCUGCUCCAUAGUUUUGAAGAAUUUGAGGCUUUAGCUCGUCGGGCACUGCAUGAAGAUCUACCUUCUGGGAGUUUUAUUCAAGAGGAUAUGUCCCACUGCUCAUAUCUUUGUGAAGUCGGCAAAGACUGCUGUGAUCGAAUGGCAAGCUGCAAAUGUGGGACACACACGGGCCAGUUUGAGUGCAUCUGUGAAAAGGGGUAUUAUGGGAAGGGCCUGCAGUAUGAAUGCACAGCUUGCCCUUCAGGGACAUACAAACCUGAAGGUUCGCCAGGAGGAAUCAGCACUUGCAUUCCAUGUCCUGAUGAAAAUCACACCUCUCCACCUGGAAGUACAUCCCCUGAAGACUGUGUCUGCAGGGAGGGAUAUCGGGCCUCUGGCCAGACCUGUGAAGUUGUUCACUGCCCUGCCCUGAAGCCUCCUGAAAAUGGUUACUUUCUCCAAAACACUUGCAACAACCACUUCAAUGCAGCCUGUGGGGUCCGAUGUCACCCUGGAUUUGACCUCGUGGGAAGCAGCAUUCUCUUGUGUCUACCCAAUGGUUUGUGGUCCAGUUCAGAGAGCUCCUGCAGAGUGAGAACAUGCCCCCAUCUCCGCCAGCCCAAACAUGGCCGCAUUAGCUGUUCUACAAGGGAAAUGUCCUACAAGACAACAUGUUUGGUUACCUGUGAUGAAGGGUACAGAUUAGAAGGAAGUGUUAAACUUACCUGUCAAGGAAACACUCAAUGGGAUGGUCCAGAACCCCGGUGUGUGGAGCGCCACUGUUCCACCUUUCAGAAGCCCAAAGGUGUCAUCAUAUCACCCCAUAACUGUGGCAAGCAGCCAGCCAAACCUGGAAUGAUUUGUCAGUUAAGUUGCCGCCAAGGAUUCAUUUUAUCUGGAGUCAAAGAAGUGAGAUGUACCACUUCUGGAAAAUGGAGUGCCAGAGUUCAGACAGCCGUGUGUAAAGAUGUGGAGGUUCCUCAAAUCAACUGUCCCAAGGACAUAGAGGCUAAGACUCAGGAACAGCAAGAUUCUGCUAAUAUUUCCUGGCAAGUCCCAAUAGCUAAAGACAACUCUGGUGAAAAA